AUGGCAGACGAUAAUGUAUCAUUCACGGACGCCGCCGAUGGAACCGGUGCUGGAGGAGCAAAAGCGAAUGCAAAUGCAUCUGGAAUGUUGGAUCUUAUUGGAAACUUGAAUGAAGGAAAGAAAAAAGGAAAGAAAAGUAAAGCGAGUAAAGAAAAAGGAGGAAAGGGGAAAAAAGGAAAGAAAAGCAAAGGUGGAAAGAAAGUUAGAAAAGCUGAUAAAUUCGAAUCACAGAAUUUUUUAUUCAGAAUUGAAGGAACUAUUUGUUGCGCUUCAAUUAGUAUGUUUGAUUUUCAGGUUUUCAUCGAAUCAACAUUGAAUUUUUCAGUUAUUGGAGUUACGUUGAUUGUGACAUACUUGAUCGUGUUUAUCGUUUUUCUCAUUUGGACUGGAGGUGCAUUCUCAUCUUUCAUCGAUGGAUGGUGGUGA